UAAAUUAUACAGGUUGGCCGCACUGCAGCCCAUAAGCUGCAAAAAAUCGGGAAAAAUGGACGCUGCGAGCGAGCGCAUUGCUUUUAUCUGAGUCUUCGCUCUCGGCCAGCAAAAAUGGGUAAUCAACUGGUGGGCAUCGCGCCCAGCCAAAUAUUUCCGGUAGAGCACUAUCUAACAGAUCACAGUGAUUUAUUGUUCGAUGUAAAUUUAGGAAGCACUAGAUUCUUUAAAGUAGCUCGAGCCCGUAGUCUGGAGGGCUUGAUAGUUGUUAAAGUGUUCGCGAUUCAUGAUCCAACAUUGCCAUUAUCUACGUAUAGAGACAAGCUAGAGGAAAUCAGGUCAAAACUAGCCUCAGCUGUCAACUGCCUACCAUUUCAACGAAUGAUUCUCACAGAAAAAGCAGGCUCAAUAAUGCGGGAAUAUGUCAAAUAUUCUCUUUAUGACAGGAUCAGCACUAGACCAUUUUUAACAAGUAUUGAGAAAAAAUGGAUCACUUUCCAAGUGUUGUACGCCCUUAAUCAAGCUCAUAAGUUUGGUGUUUGCCAUGGUGAUAUAAAAUUAGAGAAUAUUAUGAUAACCAGCUGGAACUGGGUAUUACUUACGGAUUUUGCCAGUUUUAAACCAACAUAUUUACCUGAGGAUAAUCCUGCGGAUUUUUCGUACUUUUUUGAUACCUCCAGGAGAAGGACAUGUUACAUAGCGCCCGAACGAUUUGUGAAAACGUUGUCUUCAGAAUUGAGCAAUACAUUGUUAUUACCAGAACAAGAGGUAAAGACAGGUGAUUUGCAUCCUAUGAUGGAUAUUUUUUCUGCAGGCUGUGCUUUAACUGAAUUAUAUAAUGAAGGACAUCCACCAUUUGAUUUUUCACAACUCUUAGCAUACAGGAACAACGAAUAUUCUGUGAGUAAGCAUCUGGAUAGUAUAGAUGAUUUGGGAAUACGCGAGUUGCUUGGUUCAAUGUUGGAAAGAAAUCCGGCAAAUAGAAAGAGCGCAGACACUUACCUGGCUCAAACUCGCGGCACCAUUUUCCCAGAGUACUUUUAUUCCUUCCUGCAGUCUUACAUGCUCAUCUUUUCCGCCGCUCCAAUUUUAUCACCGGACGAGAAAAUAACACGGUUAAAGAAGGACAUUGGCAAUAUUAUAAAUAUACUAAAGGCAGAAGAAAGCGAACGGAUGAAAAUGAGUGAGACGAAACAUGCGGAAACUGCAAAAUCUGGUCAGUGUGAAAGUAACGUGGAGUCAAUCAAGGACGAUUCUGGACACAGUGAAGAGAAUACGAUGGUGGAAGUCGACAGUGAUCAGAGUUCCGAUAAGACCGACGUAAAUCAAAUCGACAUGAAGAGUACAUCACAAGAUGUCGGCAGUGACAUUCAGGUGGAUGUAGAACCGGAAAUUAAAUCCGAAGAUCACAAAGAAACAUGUGAAGAAUCUAAAAAAUCGAUUUCUACCUCUAGUGAAAUUUUAGAAGGACUUGUUAUCAUAACUCAACUCGUUACAUCUUGCAUAAGAGGAUUAUAUCACUCGCAAUCUAAAUUGCACAGUUUAGAGAUAUUAUUAGAACUGGCUGAAAAUGUUUCUGACGAAACAAUUCUUGAUAGAAUAUUACCGUAUAUCUUCCACUUGGUUCACGAUCCGGCGCCACGGGUAAGAGUAUCGGCGAUACACACUUUAACCAAGUGCUUACAUCUUGUGAAAUCGAUACCAUCAUCGGAUGUGAACAUAUUUCCCGAGUACAUUCUACCAGGUUUAGCACACAUAACUCAAGAUGAGGCGGUUAUUGUUAGGGCAGCUUACGCGGAGAAUAUUGCACACUUGGCGCAUAUUGCUCUGCGUUAUUUGGAAAAUGCUCAUUUAUCUAACUUGGGUAACAAAGAGGGACCAAAGCCUAGUUAUGACAGUGAACUGCAAACUUUGCACGAAAUGGUGCAACAAUCAGUAUCCAUGCUGUUAACGGAUUCUCAAAAUUUGGUAAAACAAACAUUAAUGGAAAAUGGAAUAAACAAACUGUGUGUAUUUUUCGGAAAACAGAAAGCCAACGAUAUUUUGCUCAGUCACGUUAUCACAUUUUUAAAUGACAAAGAAGAUAAGGAAUUAAGAGGCUCUUUCUUUGAAUGUAUAGUCGGCGUGGCUGCAUAUGUCGGUUGGCAUAGUAGUCCUAUAUUAAUGCCGCUUCUACAGCAAGGUCUAUCCGAUCCCGAAGAAUUCGUAACCACAAAGGCCAUAAAUGCUAUGGCAACACUUACGGAAUUGGGUCUGCUACAUAAAUCUGCUCUCUAUCAAUUGUUAUCAGAAACUAUGGUCUUCUUGGUACACCCAAAUCUAUGGAUACGUCAUGCAACUGUCGGCUUUAUAUCCGCGGCAGCAAGAACUUUGAACGUAGUAGAUGUUCAGUGUAAAGUUCAGACGAUGCUUCAACCAUAUCUGAAGCAUUCAUUGAUCCAAAUAGAAAAAGAAAUUUUGUUACUUGAAGCACUAGUUCCUCCCAUAUCCAGAAUAGUGUACGAUUCUGUGGUGAAAUAUAACAAUGUAGAGGAACUAUUUCAAAUAUUUGAACAGAGGCAGGCAGCUAGAGCGAAAGCUGUAACAGGUGUGGUACCACCGCAAUAUAACGAUAUGAAUACUUCCCUAAGAAACCUUUUUAGACGAUUGAGCUCAGAAUCGAUGACAGAGACAGUUGAGAAUCAAUUACUAAUCAUGAAACCUCAUUUAAUGAAGAUCAACAAGUACCGCAAUUCUGCAGACUCGAAGCAAAAUGUUAUCAAAUCCGUGGAUGGUAAAUUGGAGCUAAGUCCAGUGAAAGAUAGGAUAAGACAUCAUGUCGUUGUACUAUAUCCGGAUACCAAAGGUGAUUUAGCUCUUCCGCCCUUUAAGAGAUUGGAUCGAAGAACAUCGGAAUCCGUAGGCACGUAUGCAACGAUGAAUCAAGAAUGGCGUACAAUGUUUGCAGCUCAAGAUAACGCUCAGCACGCUGUUGUUAAAAUGUCAGACAUGACUGGAAGCAGUGGCAGCCCUAGUCAAAGCAUACACAGCGGAGAUAUUCAUUUAUCUCCACAUCAUUGCCUAUCAGAUAUGACCAGCAUUAAUUCUCUCAUGAACGAUCAUUCGCUUCACGAGCGUUCUUAUAUACAAUAUAGGUGUGCGCCCUGCCGAUUAGAAGUACGGCAAUUAACGUAUCGAAAACAAGAGCAACACGCAGCGGUGUUAAGGGCAAAACGUUGGGUCAAUAACGUCACCUGCGAAGCUGGCUCCACAUCACUGCCAAAGGAUUGGAGACCCCGAGGAAUUCCCGUCGCGCAUCUUCAUGAGCACAGAGCCGCAGUGAAUAGACUGGUUUCGAUACCGGAUACCAACUUAUUUGCAAGUAGUUCAUCUGACGGAUGCAUUAAAAUCUGGGACGCCAGCAAGAUGGAGGGACGAAAUAUCGCUAAUCGUUCUAGGCAAACGUAUAUGCAUAGGGGAGGUCCGCUGGUUGGUUUAACCAUGUGCGACCAGGGGCAAUCUUUGGCGAGCUCCGCGAGCACAUCUGGAACGGUAUUCGUACUUCGCAUUGAGUCCAAUUCCAGUAAAAUGAGUUUGAUUGGUACUCGUCAACUGGAUCUCCAGGAAGAAGGAUGUGCUGUCGAUCUUCAGUAUCUAGAUUCCGGCUCGCAAUCGGUUCUUGUAUACGCCUCGUUAUACGGAUCGCUGGUAGGAUGGGAUUUACGAUGUCCCGGUACAACGUGGCGCUUGGAAAACGAUUUGAAGCACGGAGUCAUUACAUCAUUUUGCGUAAAUAGUCAUCAGCAAUGGCUGACUCUCGGCACAAGCUCGGGUAUUCAUACCUGUUGGGACUUGAGGUUUCAAUUGCCGAUAACUAGCAUUAAACAUCCGACAGGCGCCAGAGUACGAAAGGUAAUUACGCAUCCGACGGAACAUUCAUGGAUAAUCUCUGCGGUGCAAGGUAAUAAUGAGAUCUCUAUGUGGAAUCUGGAGACCAAUCACCGACAGAUGGUUUUAUGGGCAUCGAGCCGCCCCGCCAUUGAGCCGUACUCAGACCGGUCUACUGUAUGUGCCAUGUAUGCCGGAUGUAUCGAUUGCUCGGGCUUUCUUCUGGCCGGUGGCACCGAUAUGCGAUUACGUUUCUGGGAUUUUAAUAGACCUACUGCAUCCUACGUUGCUUUGCCCGCUGCUAAUGACAUCCUCACACCAAAUUCAUUAGCAUACGAUUUACGUUUGAUAGACGGAACGAACGUUGUGCAAGAAGUAUUGGUGGACGACGAGUCUAAUCCAUUAUCUGGAAGCGAUGCAAGAGGAAGAAACAUAGAGGAGAGCGGUCCUGAGACUCCACCCUCCGGCCAACAUGACACAAUCUCUGCUGUGUCCAUGUCGAAUAUGUGUAUUCUCACCGGCAGUACGGAUGGUCUGAUACAAGUCUGGAAAUGAUUAUUCUUGCUUCCGAAUUCAAUUCCAAAGUUCCUCGCUGGACGAUAACAGAUUUUGCCAGUGCAAAGUGGAAUUUUUCUCCUGUAAUAAUGAAAUCAUUGUGAUCCAAGUAAGAAAUAAGUUAUUUUAGAAUUGUCCAGGCAAAUUAUCCAGCAAUGCCGGACAAUGAUCAUAGUAUAAUUUAUUUAAGAAUAGUCACGAGAAGGAAAUAUGAUAAAGCGGUAUAAAUAUAAUACCAAUAUCUCAUUCGGCAAAAAUUACUAAUCAUAUUUUUUUAUACCGCGAUUUAUCAAUGGCAAGUCUCAUUGGGAAUUAUAAUAAUAUCUCAUUGUGCAAAAAAA